CCCAGGGGAGUCCGUUAUGUAACUGUCCCGUUUCCAGGGAAGGCCUGGCUCCUUCAGCUAACCCCGGCAGCGAGGUAAAGCCUCUUGGCUCGGCCUCUGGCAGCAGAACGCUGCCAGCCCCUGACCUCAUUAGGGAUUUAUUUCAGGUGCUUCCUUCUUCAUGUCUCCCUCCAGGACCUAAGAGGGUUAGAGUCCUGACGUUUGCUCUCUGACUGCAGAGCCACUGCAGCCUGGAUGAGCCCGGAGGCUCGCCCCUUCUGCUCCUAAAACCUGCCGCCAACCAUCCACACGGAUUUAUCACCUUUUCGACUCUUUUUGUCCGUGGUUAUUCUGCAGAAUCAGAAUCAUAGAGAGAUUUAUUGCCGGGGAUUAAUAAGAGCCCACUAGAAUAGGCCUGUGUGUGUGUGUGUGGACCAAUGGGGAACCACGGCUCCAACCUGGACGACAUCCUGGCCGAGGACAUGCACCACUGGUACAACAAGUUCAUGAAGGAGUCUCCCUCGGGUCUCAUCACACUGUUCGAGCUCAAGGCCAUCCUGAACCUCAGGGGCAUGACCGAGACCGCCAACAGCUACGUGGACCAGGUCUUCUUCACCUUCGACAUGGACGGGGACGGCUACAUUGAUUUCGUGGAGUACAUCGCAGCCAUCAGUCUGCUGCUGAAAGGAGAAAUCAACCAGAAGCUGAAGUGGUACUUCAAACUCUUCGACCAGGACGGAAACGGGAAGAUCGAUAAAGACGAGCUGGUGUCCAUCUUCGCGGCGAUCCAGGACAUCACACGGAACAGAGAAACCAACCCUGAGGAUGUCGUCUCCAUCAUCUUUGAGAGGAUCGAUGUGAAGGGAGAAGGUGAGAUGACCCUGGAGGAGUUCAUCGAGGGAGCCAAAGACCACGAGGACAUCAUGAACAUGCUGAAGAACCUGAUGGACCUGACGCCAGUGCUGGUCAUCAUCGUGGAGGGGCGGAUGCUGUGAGGCGGCCCGGGAGCGGAGUUAUUCCCCCUUCAAAAUAAGAGCAUAGACUUAAGAAGAAGGUCUCUGGAAGAGAAAAGACAAACGGAGAAAAGAGCUCCAAGGGACUAUUCUUGCAAAACAUUUUAAAAAACCUUUUAUUUGUGACCGGGUUGGUUCAGCGGGUAGAGCAGGCACAUAUACUGAAAGGUUUAGUCCUCGACGCAGAAGUCCAAGGUACGAGUCCGACCUGGGACAAUUUCCUUCAUGUCUUCCCCUUCUCUCUCCCUCUCUCUCUCACCCCUUUCUCACCUAGCUGUUCUGUCCAUAAAGGUGGAAAAGCCCCAAAAAAUAAUCUUUAAAAAAAACUUUUUAUUUAAAUGGCUACACUCACAUUUUGGGCG